UUUUAAAGAAACUUACUAAACCUUUAGUGACUGAUAAGAUUCAAUUGAUUUGAUCCGUCGUCGAGUAUUCAUUCCAUUAGGGAAUAAUGGCAUUUACACCGAGAGGUGGGGGUAGUUCUGGUUUUCGUGGUGGAUCUUCCGGUGGAGGAAGCUUUAGAGGUAGAGGUGGUAGUAGAGGUAGAGGAAGAGGCAAUGUAAUAUCCAAGUUUGGUUCGCGAGGUGCUUCCUCAGGAGGUCGUGGAGGUAGAGGUGGGGGACCAAAACGAGGUGGAAUGAAAGGUGGUUCAAAGGUUGUAAUCGAACCUCAUAGACACGCUGGUGUUUUUGUCGCGAGAGGCAAGGAAGAUGCUCUUUGUACUAGAAAUAUGGUUACUGGAGAGUCGGUGUAUGGAGAAAAGAGAGUUUCUGUUGAAGUAGAAAAUCCCAACGAUCCUUUGGUGAAAGAGAAGAUUGAAUAUCGCAUAUGGAAUCCUUUUCGAUCCAAAUUGGCAGCAGCUAUUUUAGGUGGUGUUGAUAAUAUACAUAUUAAACCUGGUUGCAAGGUAUUGUAUUUGGGUGCCGCUUCAGGUACUACGGUAUCACACGUCUCGGAUAUUAUUGGAGCGGAUGGUAUUGUAUACGCCGUUGAGUUUUCGCAACGUUCUGGUCGUGACUUGUUGAAUCUUGCGAAAAGGCGAACUAAUAUAGUUCCUAUUAUUGAGGACGCCAGGUAUCCUGCAAGAUACAGAAUGUUGGUGGGUAUGGUGGACGUUAUAUUUGCUGAUGUUGCACAACCCGAUCAAGCUCGUAUUGUUGCUAUCAAUGCUCAUCAAUUUUUAAAGACAGGUGGUCAUUUUGUAAUAUCUAUAAAGGCCAACUGUGUUGAUUCCACUGUGGAACCCGCCUUGGUUUUUGCUCGGGAAGUUGAGAAACUGAAACAAGAAAACUUGAGGCCUAUUGAACAGAUUACCUUAGAGCCUUACGAAAGAGACCAUGCCGUUAUCGUUGGGGUAUAUCGUCCGACUAAGAAGAAGAGCAAAGUAUCCAACUACGAAAAAGAAAGUUCUACAUGACCCCAAGUCAAACUCAAGUUGUUGGCUAUAUUGAAAGCAAGGCAUAUUGGUGUAAUUCACUUUAGGACACUGCAUUUUUAGCACACUUAUUCAAUGUUGUUCUUAAUUGGAACAAAAUAGAAUAAUAACAGUUUUUGGAACAUAAAAAGAGCAGUUUUAAGUUCAUAAAAGCAUUCCGUCUUGU